CCAGAAGCUGCCCAGCAAUUUCCUCAAUGGCGAUCCUUGUUGCAGACCUUGUGACCCGUGGAACCAGCUUGGUUCCUUCCCACUUUGUAAGGCCCCUCUCCGAUCGCCCCAACCUCAAGGAGGCGGCCGCCGUAGACUCUACUUUCCCUCUUAUAGACCUCCAAGGCCUUCAUGGCCCCAACAGAGCCCAAGUACUGAACGACGUCCACCAAGCUUCCGUCAACGACGGCUUCUUCCUGGUUAAGAACCACGGCAUCGCGGACAGCGUAAUGAACGACAUGAUGGAGAUCUCCCGGCGCUUCUUCCGGCUGCCGGAAUCGGAGAGGCUGAAGAGCUAUUCCGAGGAUCCAACCAAAACGGUAAGGCUGUCCACGAGCUUCAACGUGAAGAAGGAGAAGGUGUCCAAUUGGAGAGAUUACUUGAGGCUGCACUGCUACCCUCUUGAGGACUAUGCGCAACACUGGCCUGCUCAACCUUCCAACUUCAGGAAAAUUACCAGUGAGUAUUGCACGAAGGUGAGGGAGCUUGCCUUGGCUCUGCUGGAGGCCUUGUCAGAAAGCUUAGGAUUGGAGCCUGACUACAUGAACAAGGCGCUAGGCAAGCAGGGGCAGCACAUGGCUAUAAACUAUUACCCACCAUGCCCCGAGCCCGAGCUCACCUACGGCCUGCCAGGGCACACCGACCCCAACGCGCUCACCGUGCUUUUGCAAGACGAUGUUCCUGGACUCCAAGUGCUAAGAGACGGCAAGUGGGUCCAAGUGAAUCCCAUACCAAAGGCGCUGGUUAUUAACAUAGGCGACCAAAUUCAGGUUUUGAGCAAUGGGGUGUACAAGAGCGUGUUACACAGAGCAGUGGUGAAUACUGAUAAAGAGAGAAUAUCGAUCCCCACAUUCUACUGCCCGUCACCCGAUGCAAUCAUCCGGCCGGCUGCCCAGUUGGUGGACGACCAGCAUCCUCCUCUGUACAGGAGCUACACUUACUCCGAGUUUUAUGAGAAGUUUUGGGAUCACGGCCUCCAAUCACAGAGUUGUGUCGACAAUUUUUUGAUUUAAACUUUCGCCUUUUUCCCUCUUUCUUUCUGCCGAUCAAAUGGAAAUAUGCAUUAAACAAAAUGGGUGCCGGGCCGUCACUAGCAACCAAGAAUAUCAAAAUGAAAGGCAGAAGAAACAGAAGUGAAGGCUCUUUCUCUCUUUCUCUGCUCACCCUCUGUAUACCAAAAAAAAAAAAGAAAAGAAAAAACCAAGCAUGUGAUUGUGCUGCUGAGAUGGUAAUACUUUGUUUUCUGUAAAUAAAUUGGCAUCUUGUGUGUUCAAUGUAAGUUAUCCAUAUAUAUAUAUAUAGAGAGAGA